AUGUGCGCAAUUUCUGCCCUCUUGUGGACCCUACCCGUUUGUCUACCGUCCUCUCCCGAGGAGGACCCUCCAUCGUCCUAUCCGUCAAGUGUCAGUCACUACGGUAACUGGCCGUCCACCCUAUGCGCCCAGCCAAUCUCUUUCGUUGCGCAAAAAGUCGAGUGCAAAAGUCGUCCUGGCAACGAUCGGGGGCACGGCGGGCGGGACACACUACCAUCGAACUCCAGGCUAUCCACCAGCAGCACCUGUCCAUCAUCGGAUAUGUCCCUCUCCCGCCCGCUGUGCCCCGCGCCGCCGCAAAGCUUUGACCCCGCGGGUGUAUCACAUACAAAUACAUGCAUUCCAAUCGCACACUUGUGA